AUGGGAGGGACUGCGACUAUAAUAUGCUUGCAACAGUUUAAGGGUUUUUUUGGUUUGACGCAUUUUACGACCAAAACCGAUGUCAUAUCUGUUAUGCACGCACUCAUCGAACAUAGAGAUGAGGUGCCUGGGAUUUCGAACCUCCUCUGCCCGAGCUUUGCCCUACUGAAAAAUGAACAAGUCGAUGGGAAUAAGGAAAUGAUAGCUUUUGGCCUCAUGAACCUCGCUGGAUCAAUCACUUCUUGCUACUUGACCAUUGGAACAUUUUCGAAAACUGCAGUGAAUUACCAUGCAGGAUCUAAGACAGCAAUGCCAAACAUGGUGAUGGCAAUCUUUAUGGCGCUCACGCUUUUGUUCUUGGCUCCUUUCUUUAGCUACACCCCUGUAGACAAUGAAAUUUUGGUGAAUUAA